AUGCAAAAGUUUGUCCAACUCGUCCAGGAGUCUGCGGCCCCGGACUAUGGCCUGUGUCCGAAAAGUCGAUUCUCCACACCUGAGCGUCUGAUUGAAGUUCUCUCCGACGCUUUGGACUAUCCGGACAACGGAGCUAUCCCGCUCAUAGCGAGCACGUGCAGUGCGAUUCUGCUUGUUGGCAAGUUGGAUGCGCGGUUUUGGAUAAAGAUCACGGAAAGCAACGAUUUUCGUGGCCUCAUCCAGAAGCUGGUGCUUUUCGAGCCAAGGAGGGAAGUGAGGGUUGCUGUUGUGGAACUGCUUGAGGUUUCCGCAGAGGCCGAAGCACAAGUCCCGCAAACGCAGCCCGCCAAGUUUGCGACGUCAGAGGUCAGGGAACCCUCUCUUUUGGCAAAAUACCUCUGGCCCAUCGUCUCAAACCUCCUCCCAGAGGCCGUGGAGCGUACAGCGCAGUGUGACGAGCUCUUUCGGCUUCUCAAGAAGCUGCUCUUGCUCAUGUCGAAUACGCUUCCCGGACAGUCUCAGUUUGACCAGCUAACAAGGCAGACGAACGAGCUCUUGCUUGAACAUGAUUCAACAGAGGUAAAGUGGUCUCACCUCAGGCUCAGGUUCAUUUGCACUGACAAGCGCCUGACACAGGAUGUGAGCCAGAUUGAGGCCCGACCCCGUUGCCAACGGCCUGGCUUCGGUCUUGCACCUCUGUCUCAGAUCGACGCCUCACUCCCGGCCUCGAGAGCACUUCCAGAGGACACGGCGCGAGAUUUGUUUUGGCGACACCUCUUUCCGCAAAAGCUCAGUCCAGGCGCCGAUUCGGUCCGUCACGUCGUGCUGAACACGGAGACUCGAGCGAAGCUGUACGAGGUCAUUUUCCGUCUUGUUGGACACGACGGCCGUCAGUUUGCCAGACCUUGCACCUACUCAACGAGCUGGUGCCUUUCUAUUCUGAGGAUACUGCUGUACAUGAACACGGAGUUCCGUCGCUUCAUGCUGGGGCGUCGUGUCGAGGUCAACAAGCUCCAGCAGCUGCUCUUCCACACCCAAAGGUCUUUGGCUUCAUGCAAGAGUUACCGCCGAUAUGUGGACCCCUCAAGCCUCGUCGGAUCCAUCAAGACCUACGAGGACACAGUCAUCGACAUCCACAGCCAGAUGGACGUUGACGAGUUCUACAGCUUGCUUCGAUCGAUGGGAAGGGCAGAUAUCCCGUCCGAAGACAAACGAAGGCUCCACAACAAGUACAAGUGCUCCACGGCGUGUUUGAAGGAUGUGCCGGACAAUGUCAUGUUUCAUCUGAAACGCUUCGACUUUAACCUGCGCACUUUGCAGAGCGACCUCGGCGGCCAGGAGAGCUGGAUCGAGUUCAAUGACGACGUCGUCACUCCCUGGGAUCCGUCCCUCAUGGCAAGCUCAACGUUUGGUGGUCCCGACACCCGCUCGGUGUACGAAACAAAUGGCGUCAUCUACGAUAAGAGCUACAGCGCCUACAUGCUUUUCUAUCAACGCGUCUCGUCGCUCAAGACUGAGCAAGAAUCCAUGGUGGCGCAGCAACUGUCGGCUCCCCUACGCGUUGACAUGCCCGCGCUGCUCAAGGAGCACAUCGCCAACGAGAACACGAUCCGUGGACGGGGAGAGGCGAACAGCCCCACGGCGGCCAAGGAGGCUGGAGAGACUGACGAUGGGCCGUCCUCGAAUCACGAUCUGCAGAACUUGGCAAUGGAGAUGGCCUUGUCCCACCUGGACCAGAUCGUCUCACGGACAAAAGACACGCCAUUCUUCGCGGCGUUUUCAAGCACGAUCAGGGCCGCGGUUGUCAGCUGCCCCCGAUGCGCCUUGGCACUCUACGACUAUUUCGACGCACGCCACGUCGUACCGAGCCCUUGUGCAGCGAAACCUGAACAGCACGUCCGAGCAUUCGCGGGCGAGGUGCUCGUACGCGCGGCGGAGAAGAUUGCCGAAAGGCUUCCUGAUGUGUACGAGCAUGGCAGCCAGGCGCCGGCCGACGCGGAAUCGAGCAGCGACGGAGAGGCAUGGAGCGAGACCUCGAGCACGAUGGCGAGGGUGGAUCGGGCACUCGGUCCUGGAGGGCGUCGCGAUGCUCUUCAACCACCUCUGGCAGUUUUCCAAAUCCACCUCCGGUCAUGGGACGAAUACUUUGGCACGAUACUGGCGUUUGCCAAGCUCGGACAUCGAGAGGCCGGGCUGGUCCUGUCCGAGGACUACCUGAUCAAGUUGCUGCGCAUCGUGGAUGCCGACACGACCAUGGACCUGCCGCCAAACUACGCUCGCAUGCUGAACAAUGUCCUGCGGCGGAUCAACACGCGGCCGCCGUCGUACUCUGCCAUCAUGUCGCUCAUCGACUACCUGCUCGCACAGCUUGACCCGGUCUUGGGCCCAGAGGUCAUUAUCGACCAGCCGGGGGAGCGCCUCGCGUUCAAAGCUCCCUUUCCCUGGACGUCGCAGGAAGUGCACGAAGUUCACAACCACCCGGACCGCCAGAUGGCCAGCUUCUUUGUGGAGAAGCUGGUGUCCAUCGAUCAGGCCUGGAGCGUGACCAAUGACAUUGUAGGCCGGCUGAUUUUGACGGGAGGACCGAUGGACCUCAGAAUAGUGAACACCCUCUGCAGCAACAUCCAGGGCGAGCUCGGCACAGCCGAUGGACCCUUUUCUCAGGGUGGCUGGGCGAUACCUCGAGUGCACCCAGUCGGCAGACAACGCGCACGCUCUCAUCCGCCACGUUUGCGCCCAGGCCCGGAACCUGCAAAACACGGAAGGGCGUUUUUGAACUUUAUCAGGGUGGCACUGCGGUCCGACAGACCGGAUGAGGAGCUGGCGCGAUCCAGACGCGAGAGCAGCAUCGACACUGUCACAGGCUGGGCACCAUACCUACUGGUGUACCCGGACGCCAACACGAGGCGCGAGGCAGAGCAGCUGCUCGAAGACGAAGUGCUGCAGCACUCGUCGCUGAAGGAGGCUGGGGAGAAUGAGAACGGAACGGAGAACAGGGCGGCGUCCUGGACGCGGACGGGGAUGAAGACGUGGGUUGCGGCGCUGCAGGGCGAGGUUAUGGAACCGCUGCGACGACUGAUGGUGGACGAGGUGGAGGACGAGGCGUCGGAUUGGGACGAGUCGUGCGUGUCGUCGGACCCGAUGGAGGCUAACGUGGGCAUUCCGGUGUAG